AUGCGCGGCUACAAAACGCACAUUGCCCAAGGAAGGACCCGGACCGCCGUCCUCAUCAAGAAGCACUACACGACGCAGAAGCACCAAAUCAACCACAGAAUCGAACACACUCUGAUUGAGCUGGUUCCUCCCAAGAAAACCCUGCAGAGCCUCUACAUCCUGAAUGUAUACAGUCCUCCGCGCGACACACUAAAGGACUUGGACAAGUUCCUGAGAGAAGUGAAGAAAGUCACCAACGGUCAAAAACUUCUCGUGGUGGGUGACUUUAACGCUCCACAUGUGGCUUGGGGCUACCGAUCAACCAACAAGAAGGGUAUGGACGUGCACAACGCGGCACAACACCACCAGCUGACGUUGUGGACCGAUCCUCUAAUACCAACUAGAAUCGGCAACAGUGUCUCCAGAGACACCAGCCCAGACCUGACCUUCUCUACUGGCUUAAGGCAAGUCGAGUGGUCGAGACUGGACGAGACUCUGGGCAGCGACCAUCAUAUCAUCCAGACUGAAAUCAUGCACCACAAGACCCCUGUGAGAUUAGGUCAGGCCAAAAUUACGGACUGGCCUGCUUUCCGGAAAGACGAACACCCCAGAAGCCUAGAGGACAUCGAGGAGUGGACCAAGAAUGUGAUGGACUUGGUUACCAAGUACACAAAGACCAUCCAACUCACUGCGGACAAUCCCGAAGUCGACCCACACCUACUUCACCUCUGGGAGGCCAGGCGAGGACUCUUGAAGAGAUGGAAGAAGCAGAAGAGAAACCGCAAACUCAAGAUCCGCAUUGCCGCAGUCUCGCGGCAGGCGGAGGAGUAUGCUGAAAAACUCGGACGUCAGAACUGGAAUCAAAUGUGCGACCAGUUACAGGGAACCCUCAGCAACCGAAAGACCUGGGCCAUUCUAAAGACCCUUCUGGCGAAGACGGAAUCAAAAACUGUCACGGGGCAACACAUACAAAGACUUAUACACAACUUCCAGGGAACUGAAGAAGAAGCGCUCGAAGCCAUCACCGAGAAAUACAUCGGAGACGAGCAACAACGGAAGACGCAGCCGGUCAUUCACCCGGAGUACGAGGGGGAACCGAAUCCGGAUUUAGACCAACCUUUCACCAAGUCGGAGAUCGUGGCAGCCUUAAGAAAUCUCACAAGAAACACGACGCCCGGCAGGGAUAAAAUUAACAACAAGACCCUCCGUAACCUGGACGACGGGGCAACGGAGAGUUUACUAAAGUUUAUCAAUGAAAGCUGGGAGAACGGCAGUAUACCGGCUUCCUGGAAGCACGCGGACGGACUCUCAAGUGGGGAGCUGCAAGGGAGCUUUCCAGCACCUCCUUGA